UUCUAAAUCUCUACAACAGGCAUUGUAACGUGUUGUAGCCAUGUGUUGUGUACCUCUAGCAAGCGUGAAUACGCCUGAUUUUAGGACUAAUUUGGACCCAUAACGUGCGGUCUUUACACAUGUAUAUCCUCGUUACUACACUGAGGCGGAUAAUGGACUUGUAAAUACUACGGAAGUAUACACGUGUGUACAGUUGGAAACACCAGCUUCGCCAUGGAGUCUUCACCUUCAUCGCCACCACCAGCUUUUAAAAGCAAGAAAAGAAAAGGCGCCACCCUGCUCACGGCUCAGACGGACACCAAGAGAUUAAAAACUGAGCAGGAGGGCGAUGAAGGGUCUCGACGUGCCGCUCGCUCCCCGAGGCUCUCUGUGCUGCUCCACCGCCUCCAGCAACCAAUUACGGUGAACGAGCUGACCGAGCUUCUUCAUUAUGCUGCUCUGGGGAAAACAGGUGGCAUCAAGCAGCCCAGUUGGUGCCGUCUCCGCCGCCAGAGGGAGGUUGAAGGUGUGAAUGUUGUGAUCGUGGGGGGCCUCACGCAGAGUCACUUUUACAAACACUACCUCACCAUGAGACACCUCCGGACCAACUACACCACCAGGGUCACCUUCACUCCAUCACCUGACAACGUGGCGUCUGGAAUCUUCAGCAGUGAACUUCCUAAACUGGAUUUUUUACCUGUUUCUGAACCAAACAAUCAAAUACAUAAAGCGCUGAGGAGUCACCCGGUUAUCACCAAGUUUGGGACCCAAAGGAGAGGACUGACGGCGUACGUCCUCACCCAGGAGGAGAUGAUCAAGAAGCACUUCCCUGUCAAGGGAAUGCCAGGCUUUGAGGAAUUUGUGUGUACAGACACUGUGGACUGUGUGACCGACACGAGCCCCUUGUAUGGACUCGACUGUGAGAUGUGUCUGACAGAAAAGGGAAAUGAGUUAACGCGUGUUUCUUUGGUGGACAGUGAUGGGAAGUGUUUGCUGGACGAUCUGGUGAAACCGCAGAACCGCAUCUUCAACUACCGCACUAAGUUCUCUGGUAUCACUGCAGCGAUGCUGCGGCCAAUCACAACCACCCUGCGGGAUGUUCAAGCGAAGAUCAGGAUGCUGUUGCCGGGCAACGCAGUCCUGGUGGGCCAUUCUCUCAACAAUGACCUCAUAGCUCUGAAGCUCAUCCACCAGCACGUCAUCGACACCUCACUGCUCUACAGGAAAGAGUUCGGACAGAGGUUUAAGCUCAAGGUUCUGGCCGAGGCUGUGCUCAAGAGGCAAAUACAAACCGAAGACCAGAAGGGUCAUCAUCCCACCGAGGAUGCGGCGGCCGCCCUGGAGCUGGCUCAGUACUUUAUUAAAACGGGACCUCGUCAGGUUGUAGAGCUUCAUCUGGAGGAGCUGUGGGGAUACGCGAUAGAGGAGGAGUCCUCCGACUGCACAUCUGCACCCACACCGAGCCUCAGGUUCGCCGACACACUGCGGACGCUCGGCCGGACGGUCGCCUUUUUGGGGAAGCGUUCCGACGUGGACCUGGACCUGUCCAGUCAGAAGUGGUUCAGCUCUGACAAAGAGAUGCUGACCUCUUUCAGGAAGCAGGCCGAGUAUCCGUUCCUCUCGGUUCUCCAGCUUUCCUCGUCCUCAGACCACGUGAGGAGGCGCCUGUCUCAUCAGGAGCAGAGUGUGCGCGCAGGCCUCCGGGACGUGUGCGUAGUGUUCGCCGGGCCGUUCCCUGCGGGUUUCUCAGAGGCAGAAGUGAGGCGGCUGUUUAGCUGCUGUGGACCGGUUCGAAAAAUCAGGAUGUUGAAGGCGUGUGUCAGGGUUCAUGCAGAGGUGGAGUUUGAGCUGCUGGAGGGAGCGAUGCUGGCUUUAGAAACUCUGAAUGGGCUUAAUGUGCUGGGACAACCCAUCAAGGUGCAGAGGCCUGUGCACGAGUCGACGCUUGACCUGGAUCUGACUCUGGACGCUUUAAUGGCCGACGCUCUCAACAGCAGCCACCUCUUCGCCGUUAAGCUCGGCCCCAGCGCGGCUCAAUGCGUAAACACACCCGCGAAGGUCAAUGGACAUACGUCGGACGCUAAAUGUUCAAACGGUUUGCCGCCGCGGUCGUCGAAGCUGACGGAGGAGUCGGUCAGAGAGGCGUUCGGUCAGUUCGGCGCGGUGGAGGGAGUCAUCCUGCCCGCCACACGUGAAAAACACGCCAAACACGCCUUCGUUAGGUUCGAGAGUUCGGAGAGCAAACACGCAGCCCUCAGCUGCUCUGGGGAGCUGAGGAGGAACGACUACCUCAUCUGUCCAUCCCUGACUCCGCCCCAUUUGCUGUCAUGGGUUGCCACGCCAACGCCGGAGACCACGGCGGAUGAGACGGAAGCCCACGCGGACAGCAGUCCUCAGGAUCAGGAAGUGGAUCUCACCAUGAAGAAGUUGGACCGCUGGCUGGGGAAACUCUUCAGGUCCCUCCCGGACGGCACCUUGUCUGUGGUGGUGCUGCCCGGACACAUCAGUGCGAGUGGGCCCCUUCCCGGUGUGUGUCUCAUGGAGGUCAAGCCGAAGUCUGGAGGAGACAAAGCGUGAAACUGCAACAUCACAACGUCGGCCGGUUCCCUGUUGUUUAAACCUGUCAGCGGCUGGAUUAAAAUAAACCUCCUAAAUCCCUGAUGUACUCCACUAUUUUCUCUCUUUUAUCCAAAGAAACAAAACCUACCAGACGUGUUCGGCUGAUCUCAGAGACGCUUCGCUGCUCGUCCCUUUGUCUUCCUCAGCUGCAAUUGGUUUUACCUUUGUUGUAUAUGAUACAGUGACUUGUAACAGAGAAUAUGGGCUUUCUUUUAAAUCCGACUUUGUGCCCUGAAUCCUGGUUCUUUCACAAUGUAACUUGGAGUCAUCGAGUAAAAUCUCCUUCCAGAAAGAAGAUAUAUUUUGUCACACACCAUCUCAUCUCGAGCUCAGCUCUAGUGGCUUGUUAGUCUCAGUGUGGAUGGAAGUUAUGUCCUUCUUGUUGUUAAACCGAUGUUUUAUGGUUGGAUAAACAUUUUGUGAUUUGUGUGGAUGUAACACAGCUAAGAGCAGUAUUUUGUAAUUUAAGGACCAGACUUCUUGAAGGAAUUUUAAAUGAAAAACAGUGCCUGUAAAAUAACUAAUAGCCUGGUUAUAAUAAAAGAAAUUACAAAGUAAGAUUUGCCUUUUGUACAUAAACAUGAAGACAAGAUGUUAAUAGAUGAUUUUACCUGAUAAAACAUAUGUUGCAUUGACUUCAGCUCAUUAAUAUGUAAUGACAAAGAUGAACAAAGCACAAAAUGUAAUAUAAGUCUGUCUUAAAACAAAUACCAUGAAUGUAACGCAGUGAACGUUCACUUUUAAGAUUCGAUUUUUUAAAAUAUGAAUCAUAUUUACAGUGCAGGUUCUACACAUUAGGACAUUGUGCCAUUAAAACUGUUUGGAAGCAA